AUGAAGAUACUGAUCCUUCACGUGCUGUUCUCAGUGACGAAACUCCUCUGUUUCAAUGGUAGUCUUGAGGUGACAGUAGUGGGCGAUUGGAUGCCCCGAUCGGUGUUCAACAGGUUCUACGCUCUGAUGGCAUACUAUCGUAUGAUAAUCGCCGCCAUUUAUGUCAUAUUCUUUUCAGACCUUCAGUUUGAUCUCAUCUUCUGUGACUCCAUCUCCGCCUGUAUUCCUGUCUUAAAACUUUCCAAAAAGAAAAUUGUGUUUUACUGUCACUUUCCGGACCAGUUGUUGACCGAACGCAAGACAUUCCUCAAGAGGUUAUAUCGCUAUCCUAUCGAUUGGUUUGAAGAGUGGACGACAGGUUUGGCGGAUGUAGUGAUCGUGAACUCGAAAUUCACGGCUCAGAUGUUCAGAAACACAUUCAAACGCCUUUCGCACAAAGAAAUUCAAGUGAUCUAUCCGUCCAUUAAUUUCACGGCUUUUGACCGCAGACUCGAAGGAGAGCUCAAUGAUCUCAAACUCAAAGACAUCGCAACUGUUUUCCUAUCAAUCAAUCGAUACGAGCGUAAGAAGAAUAUAAGUCUUGCGAUCGAAGCGCUUAAAGAGCUCUACGAAGACAUGAAUGCGAGUAAUCCUCAGUCGAAGAAAACGGUUCAUCUGAUUAUUGUCGGAGGCUUUGAUCCGUUGAAUGUGGAGAACCGCCAACAUUAUGACGAACUGGUCAUCAGAGCCAAUGAAUUGGGUGUUGAGGACAAAGUGUCGUUUCUUAAGUCGCCCUCCAAUGACAAGAAGCAACUCCUACUGCACAGCUGUACUGCUCUGCUCUACACCCCCGACAACGAGCACUUCGGGAUUGUGCCGCUGGAGGCCAUGUAUAUGAGCCGUCCGGUCAUUGCCGUCAAUAGUGGCGGUCCGCGAGAGACAGUCAAACACAACGAAACCGGUGUUCUGUGUCGACCGGAAGCCAAAGACUUUGCGAAAGCCAUGAAAAGGUUUGUUUUUUGUCUCCUCAAAGCAGUGACUCUUGUCGUGAUGAGUGGUCACGAUAUGGACGUCAUGUGA